AUGGUAGAAAUUCUGAUUCCUGAUGAAAAGCAAACUUUCAAAUCAUUGAAGAUCGCAGGCGAUUUCACUAAUUGGAAAAUUCAACCAAUGGUUGCAAUCUCGAAUGAUGAUUCUUUAGAACAUGUUCCUGCAUGGAAAUUUAAUAUUACGGAUGAUAUGGUUAAAGAUUACUGUUCAAAGGAAUCCACUGAAGAGAUAAUGAUUCAUUUUAAAUUUAUUGAUGAUAAUAAUAAUUGGUUUACAUCUGAUAAUUUCGAUUUGAUACCUGAUGAACAUAAUAAUAUCAAUAAUGGUAUACUAUUAAAAUUUGAAGAUGGGAAAUUAAUGGAAGAAAAUAAUAAUAAUAUUGAAGAUAAUAUAGAAUCUGUAUUACAGGAUCUUACUCCUGAUCCGACUUUAGAAAAUGUUUCAAUUUUAAAACAGACUAAGGAUCUUGAUAGUAGGAAUGUUGGUGAAUUGGAAGAAGAAGAAGAAGAGGAUGAUGAUACUGCAUUGGAUACAAUAAGCGAAGAACAACAAGAAAAAGUAGAUCCAUUGGUUAUACCUAAUACACCAAAAAAAUCAGGUAGAGAAUCUCCAAUUGGUGAUGAAACUGUGUUUUUUUCACCAGGUGUAAAUAUUCCAAAGGGUUUAGAUGUGACAGAAGAUGAAGAUGAACCUGAAACACCUGCUGGAGAAAGAGAAAUGGUUGAUAAAUUAAAAACUAAUGAAAUUGAUUGUCCUGUUAAUAAAGAAAUUCGUGAAACAAAGGAUCCUGAAACUUAUAAAGGUAUAUUAAAAAGAUUAAUUGAUUUUCUUUCGGCAUUUUUUGGUUCAUGGUUCCAUUUUUUCACUGGAAGUAAUAAAGAAUAA